AUGCUGCAGUUCAUUGUUAUUUUACUAUGUAUUCCAUCAUCCUUGGCCCUAGUUGAUUCAAUUCAUGACACUAAAGACACUGGAGACUUAUAUCCAAUGGUUUGGCAAGAUCAGUUCGAUAAGAAUUUUGUGCAUUUUGCUGUGUAUAACAAUUAUAAGACAGGAGAGAAUAUUACUGAACCCUCUUGUACGUUUUUCGAAAUUUGGAGGUAUUUUGAUGAUAGUAAAGUUUCAGAUAGCACAAGAUUCGGUAUUACGGGCUCUCCAAGAGUCGAGCAUAUUUACUACGGGCUUUACUGGGAAGCAACUUAUCGAGAUGAGGACCACUAUCCAGAUGAAGAAGCCGUUGCGUGCGCUUACACCGACUUGGACGAACAGCUGCUAUAUGAAAAGCCAGAAUUGGUAUCAGACCAAUCUCGAAUAGAAGUUGGAGAGUCGAGAAUGUCUGGAAACGGGACGGUUCGUGUGAAGUGUAACAAGUUCGGCGGGAAUGCUAGACGAGUUAGUGAAGCGUUGUCUGGGUGCUAUUACAAUGGAACGGUCUACCAGAAUCAUGAAGAAUGGGAGGAGCCAAAUCCAGGGAAUGAUAGGUCGCUGUGGAAAAAGAUGUCGUGUCAAAGAUCAGAAAAUGGAUAUUUCGAAAGCAAAUUAGUUGGAUGUUCAAUCCAUGAAACUCACAACUGGACAAAUGUUGAUAAUUCUGUCGAGACAUGGGUAUGGAAAGUUGAAUAUAGACUGAACGAAAUUACUGAUCCUUAUUAUAAAGGAAAGUGGGAAAAGUGUGUUGAAAAUGAACCCGGUGUUGUGAAACUUGAGAAAAUGCCCGAGGAUUACGAACCUGUCUGUAAAGUUGACAACGUUGUUCACAAGGAUAUCUGGGAUGACGAUGUGAAAGGAGUUCGGUGGGAAUGCAAUGAUGGUCGAGUUAGAAAACUUCAAUGCAAAAUUGGAAAGAGCCAUUAUGUGGACCCGAUUCUAUCUAAAGAAGUUCCACUACCAAAUGGAUGUAAAUUCAUUUGUAAUCCACAAACAAAUGUUUUCAAAUGUGAUGAAUCGCUGAGCAUGUUCAAAGUUGAGGGAAAACCAAGGAAAAUGAGAAAGUACAAUGGCUCGAUGCAUUGGCUACGACAUUAA